UGAAUCUUGCUCUCCAUGGCAUCACCCAAGUAUCUGAUGGAACUCUAACUCUGGAAGCCAAGCCGCAACAUGCUCUGAGAGGUGAGAAGAUUGUAAUGAACUGUCGGACCCCAUUCCGGACCUUGAGAGGACAUAAUCUGUUCCUAUUGUAUCGGAAUAAUUGGUAUAUGCAAAAAACUAAAGAUGGUUCAUUCACCAUAAAAAGUGCAAAGCAGUCAGACGAAGCAUCUUAUCAAUGUAAAUUCAGAAUUGGCUACAGAGAGUGGGCUUCGAACAACCUAAGCAUCACAGUAUCAGAUGGAAGUGUGGCUUUCCAUGUUGUCCCAGUUUCACCUUUAGAAGGAGAGACACUGGAACUGAAUUGUCGGUACAGAUACAAAAUUUGGUGGAUGAGGGAAUUUACCUUUUGUAAAAAAGACCAGAUAAUACAUUCAGUGAAGUCCGCACGACAGGAAUCUUCAUACAGCAUUAAAGUAACCAGCACUGAUGACAGUGGAUUGUACAAUUGCAACAUUAAUGAGCAGACAUCACGAACUGUUGAUGUUUGGGUUCAAGAACGCUUUGCCGAGCCCGUACUGAGUGUGGAGCCGGCGGCUCAAGUAUUUGAGGGGCUCCAGGUCACAUUAAUGUGCAUUGCUCAGACAGCGCGGCCCUCCAUCCGGCUUCGCUACACAUUUUACAGAGAUGGCAGCGCCCUGGAGGCAGUGCUGGAUGAUGGCGGUGUGUACACCAUCAACGCAGCAGCUGCAGAUGUUUCCGGGAUUUAUGCCUGCGAAGCGAUCGAGACAAAUUAUGGUCUGCGGAAGAGGAGCGACAAUACUCACCUUUCCAUUAAAGAGGCGUUCACUGUCCCUAAGCUGACCGUGCAUCCUGAGGGACAGCUAGUUGAUGGCCAAUGGUUUAAGCUGGUGUGCUCGGUUGAAGAGAAUCUCUCCGAAGCUUCCUUGCGGUAUGGCUUUUACAGAAAUGGGAUCCCUCUCCAGUCUCUGUCCAACCACAGUGAAUACAUCUCUGGGUCAGCUCGUCCGGCCGACUCAGGUACUUACCAUUGCGAAGUCACGGGCGGUAAGGUGCGGAAACACAGUAAUCAGCUCCAUUUGUCCAUCAGGGGAAUUCCAGUGUCAAAACCAGAACUAAUAAUUCAACCCAAAAAGGAACUAAUUGAAGGAGAUGCGGGAUCCUUAAUCUGUUCAGUCUCCAAUGGUUCUCUGCCAAUUUAUUACCAAUUCUACAAGGCGUCAAGUGUGGAAUUAUACUGGGAGAUUUCCAACAGUACCAAGUAUGUUUACAACAUUGAAGCCAUCAGCAGAAGGGACAAAGGGCUUUACCAUUGCUCGGUGAAAAAUGAGAUAACAGGCCCUUUGUGCAGUGAAGAUGUAGAGAUCACAGUGAUAG